GGGCUUGUUGUCGUAGCGGCUCAUGCGUUAGGAGAGUAAAAUGUGUUUGACAGGAAUCUGAACGAGAGGAGGGGGGAGCAGCACACGAGUGGAAAUCCGCACCUUCAAGAGACUUUUUUUUCCCCCUCGCGUGCAGUCCAUUAACCGCGUGGAGUCGAAUGCGGUGAAUUAUUUGGAGGCUCAGCAACAGGGCACACAGAGUACAGGAUGCCGCUGAGUGUAUCAACCCCGCGCGCGUGGACCUCCCGCGACUAGCGCAGCGCGAAGUAUCCAAAAAGGAGAAUGCGAAUGGUUAGAGAGGACAAGAUUCAAUUAACAUGGAAACGAUGUAGCAUCACCGCCGCAUUGCAUAUAGCUCGGGGAAACAGGUUAGAAAGUAGAUAGCUAAAUAGGGCGCAUUUUGCCGUCAUACAUGCAAACUUACUCAUCAUCAAGCUCAACUAGCUUGUAACGUUAGUUGACUGCAACAAAAGGACCAGCUGCUCGACAGUGUCUUCAGAUACCAAAGAAGACAGAAGAUUUAAAGAUGUUACGGAGGAGGCUCAACCGAUUGUGUGGAGGAGAUGAGAAGCGAGUGGACAGCAGGACAAUCUAUGUAGGACAUCGGCCAUGUCCAGACACCGAGGCCUUCAUCCCCUCUAAAUUCUGUGACAAUAGGAUCGUGUCCUCCAAGUAUACAGUGUGGAACUUCCUGCCAAAGAACCUAUUCGAGCAGUUUAGAAGAAUUGCUAAUUUUUACUUCCUCAUCAUAUUCUUGGUACAGGUGAUUGUUGAUACCCCGACCAGCCCCGUGACCAGUGGUUUACCUCUGUUUUUUGUCAUCACAGUGACGGCCAUCAAACAGGGCUAUGAGGACUGUCUGAGGCAUAAAGCAGACAACGAGGUGAAUAAGUACCUAGUGACAGUGUUAGAGGACGGACGGUCGGUGAAGAAGGAGAGUGAGAAGAUCAAGGUGGGUGAUGUGGUUGAAGUGGUGGAGGACGAGACCUUUCCCUGUGACCUGAUUUUGUUGCAGUCUAGUCGAGAAGACGGUACUUGUUUUGUCACCACAGCUAGCUUGGAUGGAGAAUCCAACCACAAAACACACUACACGGUGCCAGACACAGAGAAGGACCUGCAGGCUCUCACUGCCACCAUCGAGUGUGAACAACCCCAGCCUGACCUCUACAAGUUUGUGGGUCGAAUGCACAUUUACAAGCCGGAGCAGGAGCCAGCAGUAAGGUCUUUGGGCCCAGAGAACCUUCUCCUAAAAGGUGCUACGUUGAAAAACACCAAGAAGAUUUAUGGUGUAGCAGUAUACACGGGCAUGGAGACAAAGAUGGCGCUCAACUACCAGGGCAAAUCUCAGAAACGAUCAGCUGUUGAAAAAUCCAUCAAUGCCUUUCUGCUGGUCUAUCUGUGCAUCCUCAUCAGUAAAGCUGUUGUGUGUACUACACUAAAGUAUUUAUGGCAGAGCAAAGAAGGUCAGGAUGAGCCCUGGUACAACCAGAAAACUCAGAAGGAGAAAGACACUAAUAUGUAUUUGAAGAUGUUUACAGACUUCCUCUCCUUCAUGGUCCUCUUCAACUUUAUAAUCCCCGUGUCCAUGUACGUAACCGUGGAGAUGCAGAAAUUCCUGGGCUCUUUCUUUAUCACGUGGGAUAAAGACUUCUUUGACCCAGAAAUCCAAGAAGGCGCGCUUGUCAACACUUCAGACCUCAAUGAGGAACUUGGCCAGGUGGAAUAUGUAUUCACAGACAAGACGGGCACGCUGACCCAGAACAACAUGGAGUUCAUCGAGUGCUGUAUAGACGGAUUCCAGUACAAACACAGAGACACCCGGAGCGAGGUAGAUGGCUUCACAGUGACGGACGGACCUGUGAAUAAACUGCAGCAGAAGGCUGGACAGGAGAAGGAGGAGUUGUUCCUGCGGGCCUUGUGUCUGUGUCACACGGUGCAGGUGAAGGAGGCUGGAUCGGAAGAAGUUCUUACAGACCAAGUUGACGGGAUCGAUGAGAUGCGGCCCCAGCUGGAGGAGGAAAGGGGCUUCAUCGCAUCCUCUCCUGAUGAGAUCGCACUUGUCAAAGGAGCCAUGAAAUACGGCUUCACCUUCCUUGGUCUGGAGAGCAAGAGCAUGAAGAUAAAGAACAGGGAAAAUAAUAUAGAGGAGUACAAGUUGCUCCAUGUCCUAAACUUUGACCCAGUUAGACGGAGAAUGAGCGUCAUCGUGCAGACCAAAUCAGGAGAGACGUUGCUUUUCUGUAAGGGAGCUGAUUCUUCCAUCUUCCCAAGAGUCAAACCAGAGGAGGUGGACAGGAUUCGCAUGCAUGUUGAGCGAAAUGCAACGGAGGGUUACCGUACACUGUGUGUGGCCUUUAAGCAGCUGAGUGCUGAAGAAUAUGCUGUGGCAGACACUGGGCUGAGGGAGGCUAGACUGGCUCUCCAGGACAGAGAGGAGAAACUCAUAGCCGUGUAUAACCAGGUGGAGACGGGCAUGAGUUUGAUUGGAGCAACCGCUGUGGAGGACCGACUUCAGGAGGAGGCAGCAGAGACCAUGGAGGCCUUGCAGGGUGCUGGGAUGAAGGUUUGGGUGCUGACGGGGGACAAAAUGGAGACUGCAAAGUCUACCUGCUAUGCCUGUCGUCUGUUCCAGCGGGGUACAGAGCUAUUGGAACUGACUCUGCGGACACUGGAGGAUGAGAGGUUAAAGCGUGAGGAGAAACUUCGUGAGUUGCUACAGGAGUACCAUAGAAAAGCAGUGCAGGAUGCCCCGCCUGUCAAAGCUGGGGUCACCAGGAGCUGGUCUACUGCAAAUCAGGAUUACGGCUUCAUCAUAGAUGGGGCGACGUUGUCGAUAGUGAUGAACCCACAGCAUGAGGUGGAUGCCAGUCAGUACAAGAGCCUCUUCCUGCAGAUCUGCCAGAACUGCACUGCUGUGCUCUGCUGCCGCAUGGCCCCCCUGCAGAAAGCUCAGAUAGUGAAGAUGGUGAAGACCUCCAAAGGUUCCCCAAUCACUCUCUCCAUUGGCGAUGGGGCCAAUGAUGUUAGCAUGAUCCUUGAGGCACAUGUGGGCAUUGGUAUUAAAGGUAAGGAGGGCCGUCAAGCUGUGAGGAACAGUGACUAUGCCAUUCCUAAACUCAAGCACUUAAAGAAGCUUUUGCUGGCUCAUGGACAUCUCUACUAUGUGCGCAUUGCUCAUCUUGUCCAGUACUUCUUUUAUAAGAAUCUUUGCUUCAUUUUACCUCAGUUCCUGUACCAGUUUUUCUGUGGAUACUCUCAGCAGCCCUUGUACGACGCAGCCUAUCUGACGAUGUACAACAUCUGCUUCACCUCCAUGCCCAUUCUGGCCUACAGCCUGCUGGAACAGCACAUAUCCAUCGAAAUUCUGCUGGACAAUGCCACCCUCUACAGAGAAAUAGCCAAUAAUGCCAUGUUACGCUGGCGCCCCUUCCUCUACUGGACAUUAUUAGGAAUUUUUCAGGGUCUUCUGUUCUUCUUUGGUGUCCGUUUCUUGUUCAGCAAUCCAGCCUUACAGGAUAAUGGGCAGGUCUUUGGAAACUGGUCUUAUGGAACAAUUGUCUUUACCGUCCUUGUUUUUACUGUUACAUUGAAGCUGGCGCUAGACACACGGCACUGGACGUGGAUCAACCAUUUUGUGAUAUGGGGCUCUUUGGCUUUCUAUGUUUUCUUCAGUUUCUUCUGGGGAGGCAUCAUAUGGCCGUUUUUGAAGCAGCAGCGUUUGUACUUUGUGUUUGCCAACAUGCUGAGUUCAGUGUCUGCCUGGCUGGUUAUCAUCAUCCUCAUCAUCCUCAGUUUGCUGCCAGAGAUCCUUUUGGUGGUCCUUCGCAAGCCCAGAGGCCCCCAUUCACGACAGCUGUCAGAGGAUUCCUCGACUGACACAUACAGAUGGCUGCUGUCACACCUAUCUCCUACAAGCAUCUGAAGGAGCGCUACUGAUGGACAGCCUUGGGUUAAGACUACUGACCGGACCCUCACAUCUGCCGGGGUCGCUGCCCUUCUUCCUGCCUGUUUAAAUGAAACAUGACAAUGGAACCAAUUUAAACUGCUUUUCUGUUACAUCUUAUCCUAAAGCCUUCCAUUCCAGCACGAUUCCUCAAGAACUUUGUUUUCACACCGUUUUCAGCCCUGCUCUACUGCCACACUCUCAUAUUCAACCCUACUGGGAUGAAUGUGUCGCUGGCUAGGUGGUCAGUAGCGCUCGACUGCUACAGAAUGUACCAGCAUCCUUAUUGGCUCUCUUGCAUGAUCGCCCCAAAAAAGUCCCAUAAAUGCCACUUUCCAUACUUUGUAGGCAGAAAGUCGGCCCCUUUUGUGAUCGGUUAGCAGGUGUGAUCUCAUCCCAAAUCUUAGUUUAGAGUUUUGUGAUAUGUAGCUGUUCGAGAUCCCUAAAUGUGAGCUCUCUCUAAGAUGCUGCACUGUGGGCCCUGACCCUAUGGGUAUAAAAGCUGCCUUUCAACAACUUGCUGUUUGUUCAACCACAUGGAGUUCUGGGAUAUCCCACGGAGCCCAACAACUCUGUACGUACGUGUUUGUGUGUGAGAGAGAAAUCGAAAAUCAGUUUCAGAUUUUCUUCUUGUAAUGUAUUGUCACAGUCUUUCGAUGUUACCUUUUGUUGAAAUGGGGAUCAGUUUACAGUUGGGUUACAAAUUGUACUAGUGGAAAAAAGUGUGGAAAAUGUUACUUGAUGCCAAAAAAAAAAGAGAAUCCAUUCAAACGGGCGACCGGCUCUCUUCAGUUUUUCCUUGAGGUUGAAUUAUCCAUUGUUACAGCAUAUGCUAGGAUUGGUUCUCGAUGCAAAGUUAGUAGCAUUUUUGAGAGUGAGUCCGAGUUAAGCAUCCAUUCACUGUUGAGCCAUUAAUGACAUAUAUAUUGAAUGUGUCAGCUUUAUAUACCAGGCCAGUACUCCAAAACACGCUUUCACGUGCACACAUUUCACUUUUGGGGAAACUGAAUAAAUUGUUUAUGAGCGGUGGAACUUAGAUUGAUGAAAUAGGAGCUUUGGAUCGGAUGCAUAUUGAAAGUCAUGUCUGCCCUCUAGUGGUUUGGAGGGCUUGUAAUCUUCAUUCUACUUUCUUCGCUUCUGAAUACAUUCCAUUUCUAUGUGCCAUAAUUUCAAACACUUUUUAGAUUAUAAUUGAAUUAUUUGUGAAUCUAUCAGACAUAUUUAUUGUACAUUGUAAUUAUUCUCACAAAUGUUGUAUUUUUGUCAGAGAUAUUUCUUUCUCUUCUUAAAUUAAUCAUUAUCAGCUUGUUCCAACUGAUUUUUUAUUUUAUUAUUUUUUUUUAGCCUGUGCAAUCCGCUGUUGAACAGAUUGGGUUUCUAUAUCCAGACCCUGUAGACCAGCAGCUCUGGGCUCUUUCUCUGAUCAGAGAUCAGUCCUAUAGACCACCUCUUAAUAUAUGGUGUGAAUGCAGCUGAAAUCUCUGUGUCCCUUUAAAAUGAAUGAUCUAUUCCAUUCUUCUUUACGCUUGUAGCCCAAAAUGGGUGUUAAAAGAGCCACUGCCUGGCAUGUUCUGUAAUUGGGCACAUUUUUAUAUUGUUUCUCCUAAAACAAUGCCAUAUGAAAGAUGCCCCAUUCCUGCUUCAGCUAUCUUCAAGCGAGUAUGUGGAUUAUCCAAGGGAAAGUGGUGUGUGUUAGACCUCUGACUGUGUCAUGAUGCUAAGCAUCUUAAGCUCAGCUCCCAAUCUUGGGCCGGGCUUAAUCCAGCUGUGAUGUUUCAUUGUGAACAUUAGUCCAACGUGAGCCCAUUUUUGUUUUUCCCAGUGCAUGUGUGACUACUAAUGCCACCACUGGACUGAACCCUGGUGAGCACAUACACACUCACACCAAGAUGAAGACACACCCAUGUGUUUGUUCAGCUCAGUUUGGGAGGGGAAAACAGAACUUGCCUGCAAUGUUUGAAAUUUCCAAACAGACCUUUAAAUUACUUCAAAGAUGCUAUUUUCAAAGCUUAUAAUAAUUCUUGGAUUCUCAUGUUGCUUGAGAAAUAUAUAUGUAUGUAUGUAUUUGAUUGUAUUUUUAAUUAAACUUUUUGAGCCACUUUUUGUAAGAAAAACAAAACGUCCAAAAAAAAAAAAAAAAAAAAAAGUUGAGAAAGGCGGCCUGAUUGUGGAGCAUGAGGCAGGGCUCAGGUGCAUUGCUGUGAAAUGAAUCAGGCACAAGCACGGUCAGCCCUGCUUCCUCCAUCCUGUCCCUCAGGCUCCAGCUGAUCUGAAUGUACCUCUCAAGACCAGUCUGUUUCAAACUUUUUUCUUUAAUAAAAGUUGUUUUGAAAGAAGA